UUGUCGUCCAAAUGUAAGAAGACACCGCUUCCUGGUGUGGACCUAUAAUAAUGGACUGAUGAGAGAGAGAGAGAGAGGUAGACCUGCUCGAGUCGGGAACAGAAAAGACGCCAUAUUUAGUCCCAGGAAUGUCAGCCGCAAACAAACCCGCAGAGGAUGGCAGCUCCUUCUCAUCAAAGGUCAUCAACAUUGUGUUUAUCACCCUGCUGUUGGACCUGCUGGGAUUUACACUGAUUCUACCUCUACUUCCUUCUAUUUUGGACCAUUAUGCACAAACGGGGGAUGGCGUAUAUCAGUCUCUGCAGAGUGUUGUGGACUGGUUCAGGGAGGUCGUCGGGAUUCCUAUGGAAAAGAAAUACAACAGUGUCCUGUUUGGAGGUCUGAUCGGGUCGCUGUUUUCUCUGCUGCAGUUCCUGUCGUCGCCUGUAACCGGGGCUCUGUCAGACCGUUAUGGCAGACGACCCUUGCUCAUUCUUACCACAUUAGGGCUGAUGUCCUCCUAUGCGGUCUGGGCUGUUUCCCGGAGCUUCAGCAUGUUCCUUUUGUUUCGGGUAAUUGGGGGCAUUUGUAAGGGCAACGUCAGCCUCUGCACUGCCAUCGUGGCCGACUUGCCUUGCCCAAAAGCACGGAACCGAGGAAUGGCUAUGAUCGGCAUUGCCUUCUCCCUAGGCUUCACUGUGGGACCUCUGAUGGGUGCCUACUUUGCCCUCAGCUCCAGAACAACAGGGAUUGUCUUCUACCAAACUCCAGCUCUGCUCGCCUUGGCCUUCAGCGUAGCUGAUCUGCUCUUUAUUUGGGUCGUGCUGCCAGAGACGCUCACAAAGGAUGUCCAGGCUUCAUCUUCGGGGUUCGGGGACUCCAGGGACCUCCUGAACCCAUUAUCUUUGUUCCAUUUUUCAGCUGUUACCAGGACAAAAGAUCCGCCUCCAAAAGAAAGAAUGCAGAAGCUUCAAGCGUUGGGCCUGGUUUAUUUCUGCUACCUCUUCCUGUUCUCUGGUCUGGAGUUCACGCUGAGUUUUCUCACUCACCAACGCUUCCAGUUUACAAGUAUGCAGCAGGGAAAGAUGUUCUUCUUCAUUGGUGUCAUCAUGGCUUUGAUCCAGGGCGGUUAUGCUCGCAGAAUCAAACCCGGGCAGCAUAUCAUGGCUGUUAGAAUGGCAAUCAUAGCAUUAAUCCCAGCGUUUAUUCUCAUCGGGCUCUCAUGGAAUAUAACGAUGCUUUACGCUGGCUUGGCGUUAUACUCAUUUGCGGCUGCAAUAGUAGUUCCAUGCCUGUCGACGCUUGUUUCUGACCACGGGUCGGCCAACCAGAAGGGUACAGUGAUGGGGAUUCUGCGAAGUUUGGGUGCCCUGGCCAGAGCACUGGGACCAGUUGUGUCAUCCUCCGUUUACUGGAUAGCUGGAGCUCAAACCUGUUUUCUUCUCACAUCAGCAUCUUUCAUUAUUCCUCUGGCUCUCCUGAGGACAGCCAGAAGGCUGAAGGAUGAGUGAGAGACACAAACCCUUGACAGAGCCUCUGCUUGCAGAGACAUUUUAUAGCUCAUAUGAAUGUUAUGAUGUUUACAUCUGCUGGUAAAACCUGUGUCUUACUUUGACACAAACAAAAAUAAUGAUAAGAUGUAUGCUUUCCGCACUGUUUGCCAAGCAUCAUCACAUGGAACAAAAUAAUGCAAGAAGACAAUGCACAUGCCAAAACCAAGAGAUGUUAUUGUACAAAUUAGGGUAUUGCCUUUGAAUGUGCAAAUUUAGAACUGCUCAUAAUGUGAAAUGUAUGGGUUAGAGUGGGGUACAAAUAACAUUUGUGUUAAUAGAUAUACUUUUAUAAUGCAGUAUUUUAUCAUGCACUCAGAUUUUAUAUUUUACGAAGCAACAUUUUAUUUUAGCUCACUUUACACAUGUGGAUAUUAUAUUUUCUUGCUUUAAAAAGAGAAUAAACGAGUUAGUCAACA